UUAAAAGCUAUUUAGGGAAGUGAGCUUAUUUAUCUUUAAACAAGAUAAUAUAUUAGUUCACGCUUACCUCAGAAACAAAAGAAUAAUGCCCACUUGAACUAGAUAUGUUUGACCACCUUCUUUGGGCUAUAUUUCUAUUUAAUUAUGGUAAUUAAUUUCUCGUUAGGUCAUAAAUUUAAUUGUUAAUUAAGCUCUAGAUAAAUAUAUUGAUGGCAACAGUAGAAUUUAUUAUAUUCAUAUAAAUUUGUAAUAAUUGGACUUACUUAAAUAUUGAGAAAAAAAAAAAAACCAUAAAAUGAUACAGUUCAAGAUUGGCCUCUGUCAAUUAUCAGUUACUCCAGAGAAGGCAAUCAACGUAGACAAUGCCCGCAGAUCGAUCCAGUUCGCUUCCAAACGAGGCGCGGCGCUUGUCGUUUUACCUGAAAUGUGGAACUGCCCUUACUCGACCGAUUAUUUCGAGAGAUUUGCCGAGAAAUUCGACGAAAAAGACAGCACUGCAUCAUCCUUGAAAAUGUUGUCUGAAGUUGCUUGUGAAGAAAGGAUAACAAUAGUUGGUGGUUCAAUUCCUGAAUGGAGUAGUGGUGGUAAGCUGUACAACACUUGCUUCGUGUUCGGACCUAACGGAGAUUUAUUAGCUAAACAUAGAAAAAUGCAUUUGUUCGAUAUUAAUGCUCCGGGGGAUAUCUCAUUCAACGAGUCAGAUACGUUUUCGGCUGGAUCUUCGCCCACCAUUGUCGAUACUCAUGUUGGUAGAAUCGGAAUAGGUAUUUGCCACGAUAUACGUUUCCCCGAGCUCGCAAUGUUGUACAGAGCUAGAGGUGCUCAUUUGAUUUGCUACCCUGGAGCUUUCAACAUGAGUACCGGUGAAGCACUAUGGGAACUGGAGCAAAGAGCAAGGGCAUUGGAUAAUCAGUUGUUCGUUGCGACUUGCUCACCGUCUCGGGAUUCUAAUGGUUCAUAUCAGAUAUGGGGUCAUUCUACUCUUGUUAAUCCGUUGGGUGAAAUUAUCGCAACCUCGGAACAUGAUCAAACAAUCGUAAUUGCUGAAGUUGAUUAUUCUGCAAUCCAAUCCACAAGGGAAAGCAUCCCGAUUCUGAAGCAACGGCGCAACGAUGUGUAUCAGUUGAUUGAUCACCAUACUAUCUGAAUGCAGCAUCUUCUUGGUUAUAACUUAUAAAUAUCUUCUUAUUUAAAUUUAUUUAAAUUUAAGUAGUUGAUUAAUAAAACAACAUAA